AUGCCUCACCACGAUCGCCAUGCCUCGGACGAUGAGAAUACCUUCGAAGUCGAGGAGGAUGAGCUGCCUCCCGGGUACUUCACCAGCCCGUUCUUCAUUGGUUCCAUGACUGGAAUUGGUUUGGGUCUCAUGGCUGGCGAUGCAAACAUUAUAUGGGUCGCACUCACCUACACCCUCACCUCGGCCGUCACCCUCACCAUCAUCGGCCGCGUUACCGACAUCUUCGGCCGCCGCUGGGUCUUCGUUGGUGGUGCAUUCCUCGGUAUCAUCGGCUCCAUCGUCUGCGCAACGGCACAGAGCGUUAACUCGCUCAUCGGCGGCAUGACUAUCACCGGAAUCGCCGCGGCGACACAGCUCUCAUACUACUACGUCAUGGGUGAGCUGGUGCCGAUGAAGUAUCGCCUCAUCGGCAACGCGUUCUGCUACUCGCUGACCAUCCCCGGCUCGGGUCUUGCGCCGGACUUUGACUACAUCGGCACGGCUGUAUACACUGGCGGGUUGUUGGUUCUUAUGAUGGGUCUCAACUGGGGAGGCAGCGUCUACCCAUGGAAGUCGGCACAUGUUAUCGGGGCCAUCGUGUCGGGCAUCGUUGGCCUGGUGCUUUUUGUCCUUUGGGAGUCAUAUGCCAAGCUCAAAGAGCCUCUGGUACCGAUGCACUUGUUUAAGAAUCAAGGAUGGAACGCGGCAACUAUCUUGUCCGGUCUUGGUGCGAGCGUCUACUACGCCUUCGCUCUGGUGUGGCCAUCAAUGGUUACGGUUCUGUAUGAGGACGGAGACCCAAUGACGGCUGCUUGGUACUCCUCAUUUGUCGGAUUGUUCAUCAUCAUCGGCGAGGUCGUCGGCGGAGUCGUCGCUAAGCCGAUUGGAAACCUCAAGUUGCAAUGCAUCGUCACUGUUGCCCUCAGCGGCAUCUUCUUUGGAGCUACCGCGACGUCGACGCCAGACAGCCGGGUCCGAGCUACGACGUUCGUGGCCCUCGGAACCUUCUUCAUCGGCUGGGCUGAGUCGCUUGCCAUCACGAUCGUCACGAUCGCGGCGUGGGAUCAGUCGAAGCUGGGUUCGGCGUCUGGAUUGGCGGGUUCGAUCCGUUUCUUCAUCUCGUCCAUUUCCGCGACAGUGUAUACCGUCAUUCUCAGCAACCGACUCACUGAUGAGAUUGCAAGACAAGUACCCAAGGCGGUCACUGCUGCAGGACUACCCUCGUCGAGUGUGGCCGACUUCAUUACUGGUCUGUCUACCGGAACGGGCUUUGAUGGAAUUCCUGGAGUGACGGAUUCCAUCGCGGCCGUUGGUGUCAGGGCCUACAAGGAGGCCAAUGCUUUGGCAUAUCGCACCGUCUUCCUCGCGAGCAUUGCAUUCUCAGGCGUGGCUCUGAUUGCCUCAUUCAUGUUGCCCAACGUUGACUCGCUGUUGACGGGCAAGGUUGCGUCGACGUUGCAUAAGGGACGCAAGGACGAGAAGAUGAUUGGGGCUGGAGAUGUGUAAUAAGGGAGAAAAGGUUUAGCUCAC